CAAUCGCGCGCGUCGCGAGAUGAAAAGGAAAAACAAAUUUUAUUUGUCGCCAUUUUGUUGUCGAGAAUAAAUGGCUGCAAACAAAGAGCGGAUGAAAACUUUUGUUUGACGAUACACUGAUAAAAACUUAUUGACUACACGGGGCACCCAAGAAAAAAACAAUAGACAUGGAGGAAACCCAAUUUAUUAAAGAUACUUUACGUCCAACGCCAAGUGGUGAAUAUGACGACGUACUGCAAGAAAAAUCAUUUUAUCCAGCAAAGAAGCUAGAAGUGAAGGACAGUCAGUCUUCUAAGAACAACGAUCUGUACCCAAAAACAGUACCAAGUGGUGACAUAGGCACAGACUCGGUUGUUCCUAACCAGCCAUACCAAGAACAGUGCAACACACACUUUUGUGAGGAUGCAUGUCAGCUCAAGCUAAAUCUAGAAGAGGAGGAUAAAAAAGAAACAAGUGCUCUGUCACACCAAGAAGAGCUCCAUGACAUUUCUGUAUCAUGCCAAAUAAACAAACCUCCCUGGAAAGAAACUGAUUAUAUGAAUAGAGACCAAAGUGCCACAGCAAUCCCUCAAAAAUAUUUAACAGCUGAUAACGGGGCUGUAACUUCUAAUAAAGAACGUAAUUUUAAUAACUUGUGGCCACCAAUGGGUGUACCCCGUAUCAGUAUGAAUCAAGCUGAUUAUAUCGCAUCAGAUAGAAAUGAUACGCUGGAUUUUUUGACAAUUGCCAAGCAGGCAGGCAUAGUUCCACGAGAGUUCCCUAUAUCCAAGAAUAUUCCCUUAGGCACAAGGAAAGAGUACCCAAAUCUUCGCUCUAUUCUGAAAACUGACGAAGUGGACAAUCCACAGACCUCACACAACGUCCGGUUUGCAUCUCCGAUCAUGUCAAUUAAACUGUUUUUAGAUACUCCUGAUGACGAAGAGUCAACAGCUUCUACAGAUCUACUGUUUUCAGAUGAGGAAGAUGCUGUUGAGCAUGAAGUGCACGAUCAAAAAGUCCCAUCUUAUGAGCAAGAAGUCCCUACUGGAGAAGACAUCCGAGAACCAGUAGCUAAGAGGCUCAAGAUGGAACCCUCAUCAUACACCUGUAUAGAUAAACCAUUAUUUAGAUUCCCACCUCCUAUAGACAUCCCAAACCUGAUGAUACCAAUCCGAGGGAGAUCCUUUGUUAAUGAUAAAAUCGUCGAAGAGAAAUCCGGGGAUAGCCCCCUAACUAUAAAGAAGACUUCUGAAGAUGAGGAUGUAUGUGAAAGAUUGAAGGAGACCGCAGCGACCGGUAUGAAAUUACAAAUCCAAGAAGAAAACCAUGAACUACCACUCAAGAACGACCAAGAAGAAUUUGGCAGCAAGGUGGCAGAUAAGGUCGAUCCAAUGAUCCAGCACGAUCAAGAAGAAUUUGGCAGCAAGGCGGCAGAUAAGGUCAAGCCAAUGAUCCAGCACGAGCAAGAAGAAUUUGGCAGCAAGGUGGCAGAUAAGGUCAAGCCAAUGAUCCAGCACGAGCAAGAAGAAUUUGGCAGCAAGGUGGCAGAUAAGGUCGAUCCAAUGAUCCAGCACGAGCAAGAAGAAAUUGGCAGCAAGGUGGCAGAUAAGGUCAAGCCAAUGAUCCAGCACGAGCAAGAAGAAUUUGGCAGCAAGGUGGCAGAUAAGGUCGAGUCAAUGAUCCAGCACAAGCAAGAAAAAUUUGGCAGCAAGGCGGCUGAUAAGGUCGAGUCAAUGACCCAUGGAAACAAAGGCGAAGCUGGUUGCAUGAUGACAGAUAAAAUCGAACCAGUGAUCAACCACGAACAAGAAUACACCGAAGUACGUAGUGACAUUCAAGAAUGUCUUGAAGCAAAAGAAAAUUUACCCAGUGAUGAGUGCCUGGCAGGUUUGGGUCUAAGACGCAAUCUGUGCUCAGGUUUUUUCAGCCCAGAUCUUGAGGAUGCAUCAACAUCAAUCACACUUGAUUACUCCGUGGAACAGGGAUUUUCGAGUCGUAGAUGCGGCAAUGAUUAUUAUGCGCAAGGCGACAAAGUGUGCUCCCUCAACCUCGAACAAGUCAUCGCUGACGAGGUCGAGAUCGCAAUGACUGAUACUGGCUUAGCCUCUGAUUGCUGCCAGAUAGUGCCGGGAAGCGGGAAAAUAGGCAUUAAGAGAAAUAUUGAGGAUGUUGGCAUUUCUGGUGAGCUCUGUCAGUCCGUGUCGCGUUUUGUUGAAGAAUCAUUUAUCGAAGAGAUAGCCUGUGAUAAUUUUGAAGUACCCACAGGUGUAGAGGUCGUGAUACCUCUUCCUAAUGACGUCGGGAUUUAUCAUCCUGUUCAGGUGGAAGCGCCUGAUUUUAAGAGGGUUAUACACAGAGAAAAAACAGAGAAUAUCUCGCUAAGCCCUGCGGGAGAGGACACCUAUACGGAUUUGGAUGAGCGCUUCUCCCUUGACGAACAGUCAGACGAUAAUGGUAGUACUUGCAGCCAGAUAAGUGACAUUGCAGAGCAACUUGUGAGUGCGACGUCACUAAAGGAAAGUUCCCCACCAAAAGCUCUUUUGGACGAGCAAAUUAUACGCAGCAAGAACGAAGUUCCCAACAGCUCCAAAACCUCAGAGACCAGUUCGCUAUCCAAGAUGAAACCUAAGCGUGCAAGCACAGUCUUAUGCGAACUGCAAUCAAGCCUUGACGAACUUAAUGGGCCUGAGCUUUUAGAGGUAGCACUGCAGUUGGUUGAAGGUGCUCUUAAAAAGACAAAGGGGCUCACUCCAAAGGAAGACAGUAAACCUAUCUACUCUGACAAACGGACACCAGGGUCUUCGACUUUCAUGCGGAAACAUCGUUUUCCAUACGAAAGCCAGCAUGCAUCUCUUAACUCGGAUGGCGACAAUAGCUCUCAUGAAGCCAAAGGGUUGAGAGAGGAGGAUGUUGUGCAGGUAUCUUGUGCCACGGGAACUCGAACACGACACCUUAGGAUUGGACUGUCGAGAAAAAGUAGAGUUCAUUCACUUCACCCUUAUGCUGUAAAGCCAAAUAACAUCAAAAAGCCACAUGUCACAAACGAGCCAUUCCAGGAAUGAUCCUCUGCAAAUUGAGGAUUCAAUGGAGUGUAAUACGAUAGAUUCAAGCAAAAGUACUCAAAUUUGUAUUAUUUGUGUUUAAUAGAAAAUGCAUAAAAAAAUGUCACCAGAA